GUAAAACAGAGCACAGGUAGAAAAUUAUACGCAUUAAACUGUCAUUAUCUGGGCAGAUGCAGGAAAACCCGAACGGGUGAUUAGGGAAAUCUGCAGUUGUCUGGAACCUACGUAAGCCAGUUUUCGCCCUAUAAAAACUGCCGCCUUUGGCACGCAGACCCUUAUUUCGAAGAGAACUAAAAGUGAAAUGGUCAACAUUACGGCUGAGAAUAAGACAUCGGCGGUGGCGACCCCUGGGCUCCGGCAACUCCAGCUAGGCGGGCACGUGGGAUUCGACACUUUGCCGGACCAACUGGUGAACAAGAGCGUGCAGAACGGCUUCGGCUUCAACAUCCUGUGCAUCGGGGAGACUGCUUUGGGGAAGUCCACGCUGAUGGACACCCUGUUCAACACGAGCUUUGGCGCCACGCCAAGCCUACAUAGCCUGCCCAACGUAAAGCUAAAGGCACAAACCUACGAGCUGCAGGAGAGCAGCGUGCGGCUGAAGCUGACCAUCUGUGACACUAUCGGGUACGGCGACCAGGUGAACAAGGCAGACAGCUACAAGGCGCUCGUGGAGUACGUUGACUGCCAGUUCGAGGCGUACCUGCAGGAGGAGCUGAAGAUCCAGCGCUCGAUGGCCAGCGCUCACGAUAGCCGCGUCCAUGCCUGCCUCUACUUCAUAUGUCCAACGGGGCAUGGUCUAAAAGCCAUGGAUCUGGCGUGCAUGAAGCAGCUGGACACACGAGUUAACAUCAUUCCCGUGAUAGCCAAGGCGGACACCAUCUCCAAGUCGGAGUUGGCUGGAUUUAAGGAGAGGAUAAUGGACGAACUGCGGCGCAAUAAAGUUAGCAUUUACCAGUUUCCCACGGACGAUGAGACGGUGGCCGAUACGAACAAAUCGAUGAAUGGAGAGCUGCCUUUCGCUGUCGUGGGUAGCACGGAGUUUGUGAAGGUAGCUGGCAAGCUGGUCCGUGCCCGGCAGUAUCCCUGGGGAUCCGUACACAUCGAGAACGAGGCGCACUGCGACUUUGUCAAGCUGCGCGAGAUGCUCAUUCGCACAAACAUGGAGGAUCUGCGCGAACUGACCCACACGCGCCACUAUGAGCUUUUCCGGCAGCGGCGCCUGCAACAGAUGGGCUUCGUGGACGUGGAUAGCAACAAUCAGCCAGUGUCCUUCCAGCAGACCUUCGAGUCGAAACGCACCGGCCAUUUGGCCUCCCUGCAGGCCAAAGAGGAGGAGGUGCGCCAGAUGUUUGUGCAGCGGGUUAAGCAGAAGGAGAACGAGCUAAAGGAUAGCGAAAGGGAGCUGCACACCAAGUUCGAGAAGCUCAAGCGGGAACACCUGGAGGAGAAAAACAAGUUGGAGGAUGCGCGGCGCUUGCUGGAAGAGGAGUGUCAGGAGCUCCUGCGGCGCAAGCAGCAACUAUCCAAUGGUAACGGAAACCACAUGCUUACUCUUGGCCGAGGCAAGAAAAAGUAGUUUUCGAAUCCGCUGGAUUUUUAUUUUGCCAAUCGACAAUAAGAAACCUCGAUUUUAUUCCACCUUUGAUAGAUUUGAUUGUAGUUUAAAUUAGCUUC